GAUGAUUGGCUGCCGUUCGUCGAGCGACCAAUCUGGGCACCCAUGCAAGAGCAUCAGAACCGACCGAGGUGGAGAGUUUCUAGGAGGAGAUCUGACUGCGUGGCUCAAGAAACAAGGCAUUGAGCAUCAGCUAACGACGUCCUAUACCCCUCAGUCAAAUGGCGUUGCUGAGAGGGCUAAUAGGACCAUCCUGGAAACUGCGCGAGCGCUGCUGAUCGAAUCAGGGCUGGGGAACUCCAUGUGGCCUCAUGCGGUGAGGCAUGCUACAGUGGCAAGGAACCGCGUACUCACAAAGGUGGCUGAUGAUAUGUGGGUGCCGCUGGAGAGGUGGCUUGGAAAGAAGCCUCCAGUGGACAUGCUUCGAGUGUUCGGAUGCAUGGCAGUGGCGCAUGUCCCUAAACCGUACAGGACAAAGCUUGGAGCAUCUGCACUUUGGUGUGUGCACCUUGGGCUUGCGGCAGAGAGCAAGGGGUGGCUACUCUGGGAGCCCUCAAAGAAUGUGCUGUUUGAUAGUCGGGAUGUCAAAUUUGUGGAGAACAUCAUGUAUGGCAAGUGGGAGAAGCAGCCGGAGGCAAGGGUCACCCAGCAGCUGGAAGAGAUCACUAUGCACUUCGAUCUGUCCGAACCUGAGGACAGCGAAGUCACUGCGCCAACGGCAAGCGGUACUGAUGAAGGAAGCAAUGAGGAUAUUGCAGCUGAUGCUGAAGUCAAGGAUCCGGAGCAGCAGCAGCAAGAGGCUUCCAAAACACCAAGUCUGCCAAAGCGAAGGAAACAGAUUGGUGGGGGACAAAGGAUUGGGUGAAGGUGAAAGAAUGGGUAAAUCCAACCAUCUACCCUGCACGUACCAGAAUGGCAAUGAGAAAGCUGUUGAGCUCCACAAGUGGAGGAGCCACAACUGAGCAGCAGGAACAGGCUCAAGGCGAAGAUGCAGUGCUGUUCUUGGGUGAUGACCAAGAGUCAGAUGACAAGGAGCCUGCAUACUGCUUUUACGCACCAAUACAACCUCCGAGCAUGGAUCAUGCGCUAGCCGGGCCUCAACGGGGGAAGUGGCUCGUUUCAAGAGAUGCAGAGUACAACAGCAAGAUGGAGAAUCACACAUGGGACCUGGUGUAUUGCCAAAUGGGAAGAAGGCAAUACAGUGCAAGUGGCUGGCAAAAAUCAAGACGGAUGAGAAAGGAGAGCCAUCAGUUUACAAGAGCAGGCUG